CUUAUAAUCACCCUGGACACGGGGCUGCUUUCGGGUUGCAUUUAUUUAUAUAUUCUUUGUGCACUCCAGCUGUGAAUUCUGACCUUUUUCAUCCACUUUUAACGGCUGCUCCAUGAAUAAAAUUAUAAGAAUUCAGCCAGUCAUUUCCUUGAUUUGAGGAAAGAGAGAAACACCAGAGAUUAUAAAAUAUACUUAGAAAAAACUGACAAAUUUGCAGUAAGCAUGGAAUGGAUCGCAAACAACUCUGACCAGGUUCCACAGAUGCAAGAAAUUCCCUUGGGAAUGGAAGACCGGGAGGAGAGCCAUGCCACCCGGGAAAAACAGCAGGACAUAAUUAAUCCACCUGCGCGUCUUACUGAUCAAGUUCCUCCGAAAGCAGACACGCUGUUAACGAUCCUUCAGCGAUACCCAAUUAUGUGGCAGGGUUUGUUAGCCGUAAAGAACAACACUGCCGCGAGUCAAAUGCACUAUUUAACCGGCGACCAGGACGUUGCGAGAGAAGCCUUGGCUCCAAAUCCGGACGGGACAAUUCCCCCGUUAAAAAUUUCUCAGAGGAUGCGACUCGAGGAAGCACACUUAAUGGAAGUCGCAGCAAGGAUGCAGAUGCCGCGUGAACACUGCGUCCUUUUAGCAUUGCCCUGUGGUCGCGACCGCGAGGAUGUUCUACGACAAUGCAAGAACCUCAGGUGUCAAUUUAUUACCUACUUCCAGUUAAAGGAUGCGGCCGGAAUUGCAAAUAUUCCCUGUCCACGAACCGGAUUCACAAAAUUCGUCGUUCACCUUAUCCCAGCUGAUUGCGGUUUUGUGAGAGAAUAUUUGAGAACAAAGUUUCCUGACCUACUUCAUGCCGUCAGAGAAAUUCCAUAUCUACUCGUUGUCAUUGGGAGGGGUUAAGAGGUGCCCCCAAACAGUUUGCGGCAAAAUAGCCGGUCUAUUUUUUAAGAAGUUGUAAAUACAGGAUGGUUUAAAGGUCAGGUUGCAAUGGAAAAUUUUCCAAUGGGAAAAAUUCGUAACUUUCCAUUAGUUACGGAUUUGGGAUGGAGAUUUUUAUUAAUUUUUAUCCAAAGUUAUGGAACACUGAUGACAAAAUUCUUCAAAUAUUGAAUUUCAAAGGCAAAAUUUCGGUAACUAAUGGAAAUUUGCGAAUUUCUUCCAUUUUCCAUUUUAACAAUGGAAACAAUGGAAAAGUGUUCCAUUGUAACCUGACAUUUAAACCACCCUGUACAUGUUCCACGAUUUUACCGUUUAUAAAUAAUUUAUAAAGUUUAUUUUCAAUUUUAAAAUAAAAGUCUUCACUAUCUACCUAUAUGCUAUCAAAAAUCAGUGUCUCUGAUGUUAAAAAACACCUGCGCAAAAUUACUGGAUAUUAAUAUUUUUAUGCGGUUAAUAACACCCACCAAAAAUUCGA